CUACAGUAUCGAGGACGUCUUGUCGUUUCGGGAUCCAGCGACAAUACUAUUAGACUGUGGGAUAUUCAUUCUGGUGUGUGUCUGCGCGUACUUGAAGGCCAUGAAGAACUUGUGCGAUGUAUCCGUUUUGAUGAUAAACGUAUCGUUUCCGGGGCCUAUGAUGGAAAAAUUCGUGUUUGGGACUUGGAAGCUGCACUCGACCCACGUUCAUCACCCAAUUCGCUAUGUCUCAGCACUUUGGUGCAACAUACUGGCCGAGUUUUCCGCCUGCAAUUUGAUGAUUUUCAAAUUGUCAGCAGCUCUCAUGACGAUACUAUCCUUAUAUGGGAUUUUCUGGUUGAGCCGACCGCACAGCAAGCUACUGGGACGUCUCCGCCCACCAGCAAUCAGGAUGAUCCUGCCCCACCUACUGCGUUACCAUCCAGCUCAGCUGAACGGACCAUUGCCACAGAUGGAGCGAUCAGCCCUCCACAGAGCCCGCCUAGGGCUGAUGAUUCUUCUCAAGCUGGACCGAGCACGUCUAGGGGAUGGAAUGGAGAGAAUGCCUCCCUACGUUUCGUGCAGAAACCAUUCUAUUCCCCUCUGUACCAUGGGAUCGAUGACCAUAUGGAUGAUGGUUCUGCUUUGGUAAAUAAUGGAGAUGAGCAACGAUCAGCUGACGCAAUUCAGAUGGAAUCUUCUCCUUAUGAAGAGCAUACAGAUCCGAAUGCACCAGGACCUUCUAAUCGGCAAGGACGACCUCCGAACCCAAAACCAUUCGAUAGAAAUGCCUAACU